UACGAGGCUUUGCAACGCAGGGUCGAGACUGAUACGCAACAGACGCGCGACGACGCGACUAAGGAAAUCGAGGAGCUGACUCGCCGGGUCGAAUCCAGCAUGACCGAAAUCCAGCAACUGGAGUCUCUAAAGCAAUCCGCAGCUCGCUCUUUGGAAGAGGAGCGCGCUAAAUUCCGGACUCAGGAGACGCAAUGGGCGUCAGCUAAGCGUGACCUCGAAACAAGUCUAGUCGCUGAGCAGAAGAUCGUAGCCGAAAUCCGGCAACAACUUCUGGAUGCGACAAAGAGCCACGAAAAUGCGGUUACAGCCGUAAAAUCCGAAUCCGAAAGUCGUGCUGCAGAGCUAGAGGCAAAAUUGCGACAAGCUCAGGAGGAGUCAAAGCAAACGAUGGAGUCUAAGAACUCCUCGUGGGCGGCAGAGAAGAGAGCGCUUGAGGAUCGCGCGAGGACUCUCGACGACACACUCGCGCGUGCGAAUGCUGAGAAACAAGCGACAGCCACAGCGCACGAGGAGAUCAUCGAGAGUCUGCGGGCUCAAGCUGCGGCAGCUCGGGAACGGGAAGACGUGGAGAGGAAGAAAAACCUCGAAAAAAUCGAAGAAAUCGUGGAGAAUGAAAGAGCUGUGGCGAAGCAGCUACGAGAAAUAGCUGUGGCGGAACUCAAAGAAAACUUGGAGAGAAAGCAUGCAGAGGAAAAGACAGUACUGGAAUCGAAGUACGCGUCUGGCGAAACAGAAUCCUCUUCGAAACACAGUGCCGAAUUGCAGAAAUAUCUCUUAGGUCUUCCGCGAUCUGUUAUUUCCGCAUGCUGGCAAUGGUUCAUCGUUAUCGUGUAUGUAGAAGGAGCAUGUAGUCAUGCACUCUUUCAACAUCAUGAUCUUCAUCUUUGGUCGUUUACAACAAGAACAAGACUAUUCCUUUGGUAAGAAUGAAAUCGUGUUGUGUAAUAGUCCUCAUCUUCCUUCUUCAUAUCCAAACGAAGUGAUGAGUCUGGAGCAACAGCUUGGCGAAGCGAAUGCGGAGACUAGCGGGACUCGCACGAAACUAGCGGAACUAGAGUCACAAGUGAGUGCCUUAGACCUCGAGAAACAAGCUUUGCGCGAAGAAGCCCAGAACCAGACUCUACAAAGGCUAACCGAGCAGCGACAAGCGCAAGCUGAGGCAGCUCUGGUGGCGAGGGAAUCGCGUGAGAAGCUGCGGCAACUUGAAGAGCGGCUUCAGGCAGAAUUGCACCAGACACGUGCGGCGUCGAGUGACCUUGAGUUAUGAGGAUGACGCUCUCCUGCAUCGUUUUAAUCCACACAUCUUCAAGCUGCAUGUCCUCUAGGUCUUGUCCUACUCUAAAAACACUAGUGACAUGCUCCUGGAAAAAAGAAGGAGCAUGAAGAAUUCCCCCUUCCCAGCACGCCUCCUUCCCAGACUCCCCUCACCCUUCCUUCUUCUAAUCCCCAAGAAAUUCUCUGAACAACUAACGAUGAAGGACAGCGUCAUCCAGAGCAAAGAAGACAGUGUCGUCAAGCUGCGCGAAGAAAAUGCGGCUCUGACUGCGGAUAUCGAUAAUAUGCACAACAUGAUCGAACUCAGCGUCGCAGAGCAGGAUGCUUUGACCAGUGCGCUGAUAUUAUGAGGACGAUGAAAUUGUUUGAUACAACAAGUAUUUACAACCGUUCGUACGGAAUCCCUUGGCCUACUUAGUGGAGUCUUGUACUCACGAUACAUAGAGGACGUUGAUAUUCUUCUAAUCCUAGCUGGCGGUAUCAAUGUUGAAGAAAUUUUAGCCGGCGUGGAACCCGCAAAGCGCAGCAGUUUGGUUCUUCCUGGCAGCGGCUUGUUAUCGGCGAGCACUGGUGGCGCAGCACUGUCUGCAUCGCAACAGGGUGGUGGAGUACAACAAACAGAUGCAGCUAGUGCUGCACAGUCGCCUCCUCAGCAAUCCCAAGGCAUGUUCUCCGCUGUCAGUUCUUUCUUCGGAAGCGGUGCAGCUGCAGCAGCGCCUGCAACAUCCGCACCAACGUCCAAGCCCGCAACUUUAAGAAUAUAACCUUGUAAUGUAGUUCUACUCAAUUCUCGUUAAUAUUACAGCAACCAAGAAGAAGAAGCACAAGAUCGUCUAAGGAAAUGAUUCUCGAUCUGGUCCCCUAGCAGAGAUCUCGAACACCAUCUCCGGCGGUACCUGCAUGCUCCAGAUAGUGAAAACAAACCUCUAAGAAUGACUGGCGACUCACAACCGCCAAUGUUGGCAGCGCAACAGCCUCCACUUGGCGGUGGCGAUGGUGCAGUGACAAAUUUGCAGCAAUUGGGUGAGGUAGGUGUGGUAGCUACUACGUCAAUGCCUGUCGUUACUAGGCCUUUGCUCCCCAACAUGGGUGGCGUCGUUCCCCGUGUGAUGCCAAUCGUGUCGCCAAUGGACCCGAGACAGAAUAAUCGAGUGAUGGCGACUUACUGGUGGUCAGCAGGACAAAAUGCAGCUCCUCCAGGAGGUGGGGCUGCGUGA